GUUUGUCUGUCUGUCCACAAAAGGAGCUCUGAGAAUAGCAACGCAGUGAAAUGUGUGUUGUUUACUGUCACGUUGUUUCUUGUUAUUGAGUGUAAUAUUUUGUCUUGUCAGUUUGUUUUCUGAAGGUCAUGAUGUACUCUGACUUAUAUUAGGUGGUGAAUAACUUAUGAUAAAAAAGGAGAUUAAUGGAUGAUAAAAAAUGCUGCUCAUUAUGCGGAAAAGAAUUUACUUUCAUGCAAAAUCUGAGGAGGCAUAUGCAUAAAUUACAUAAUGUUGUCCAAAAAAAUAAUUCUGGAAAGCUGCAUUGCCCAAAAUGUGAUAUUGUCGUUCCUACCCAUAAACAUCUGCGGGAACACUUGGCAGGAGUGCAUAUAAUUGAAAUCGAAAAGGAAGAAAAAUUCUUUGAAAGUGUGGAAGAAUUCAAAGCAUGGAAAACAUUUGUGGAAAAAUGCAACAGUAACAGAUAUAUUCGAUUAUCUUCAUCUAAAAGAAUAAAAUCAGGUAGCAAAGCAUACUAUUAUUGUCAUAGAUCUGGUGUGCAUGAAUCAAAAGCAACUGGUAAGAAAAUGAUAAAAAUUCAAGGAAGUAAUAAAGUGGGUACCACUUGCCCAGCUUCAAUGGUUGUGACAGAAUAUGAUGCAAAUCCAGGACAAGUAUGGGUAACCUAUUGGAAGACACAUGUAGGCCAUGAUCAUAAACGAAGUCGAGCUUUCCUGGCUGAAAAUGAGAGAGAUUUUAUUGCCAAAAAACUUGCCAUGGGAGUUUCAUUCGAUAAUGUUUUGGAUGAGAUGAUAAAUGGUGAAGCAGAAGUGAAUUCAGAAGCUCUUCAUCCUAUCGAUAAUCCAGAUUUGCACAGCAUGAAGAGAUUUUUGUCAAACUGUUCUAACUAUCAUCCCGAUGACAUAGCAAGCGUAGAAUUUUUAAUCCAAGAACUAGAAUUAAGCAGUGAAAUGGCCACACUUUAUUACAAGCCUCAGGGUGAAGUAGAUGAAACCGGACAUUUUGAAAUUGAUGAUUUUAUGAUUAUACUUAUUUCCUCUUUUCAAUUUAAGAUGGUGGCAACAUUUUAUUCAGAAACAUUUUGUAUUGAUGCUGUUAUUGGGAAAAAUAGAUAUGAUUACCAAGCAGUGAUAGUUCUAACUGUUGAUGAAAAUGCAAUUGGUUACCCAUUUGCAACUUGUAUUACAAACCGUACAGAUGUUAAAGCAAUGGCUCGUUUUUUUGAGAAAGUUAGGGAUAGUCUUAGCGAAGAUCUGGAAUGCAGUAUUUUACUUACUGCUGAUAUACCUGCAAUUAUCAAUGCUUGGUCAGCGGUUAUGGGUGAACCUAAACAUCACUUACUUAGCUCAUGGCAUCUAAUUAAAGCGUUACAGAAACAUCUUAGAAAAAUUAAAAUUCCACAAUAUCGAACACCUGUGUUUCAGUAUCUUCAGGUCCUAAUUCAUGAACCUAAUAUUGAAUGUUUUGAAAAGUUAUUAAUAUGCUUUGAGAGUGACUUAAAAGAAAAUCCAAGCACUAGUUUAUAUUAUGAUUACUUUCAGAGGAAUUAUUUCAAACGUGUUAAGCAAUGGGCCUUAUGCCAUCGAGCAGAACUGGGCAUAAAAACUAAUAAACAUUUUGAGGCUUUUCAUGAAAUUCUUAGGUAUAUUUAUAUAGAUGGCAAAAAAAAUCAUCGAUUAGACAAUUAUCUUAAAGCUUUGUUAAAAUUAACCAGAGAUAAGCUUCUUGACAGAAGGAGUAUGUCUUUAAAGAAUAAGCCUACUCAAAUAAAGCAUGAAAUGCAGGAAAAUCAUGCAAAAGGUAGAUUAAUAUCAAAAAGUAAAGUGACAAAUGUUUCUGAAGGAUCUUACAGAGUAGCAUCUGAGCAACAGCUAAAUUAUUCCUAUAUUGUUACAAAAGAGAAUGUUGAUCAUUUGACUUGUGAUUUGACCUGUACAGCAUGCAAAAUAUGCAUUCAUAUGUAUAGUUGUACAUGUGUAGAUUAUUUAGUGAAAUUUACUAUCUGUAAACACAUACAUGCAUGUAUAAUAUCCACUUGGCCAGAUGUUAUUGUUCCUGAGAGUUGUGAUGAAACAUUUUGUGAAGUUAAUGAUGUUUCUGAUGUAGUAACACUCCAGUUAAAUGAGAAAGAUAUUUCCACAAUGUCCCCUAUUAUAAAUUUAGCUGGAGAAAUAAUAGUAUCUUCUAAUGCUGUAGCUGAAAUAACAGAAGAUUCCUAUAAUAAAGUAAUUGAACAUUUGAAAAUAGCAAACAAUAUUCUAAAAACUGCAAUAAGUGGAACACAACAAAUUCAAUCUUUAGUAGUGCCUAGUGUGUCUGAAAUUCCAGACUCUACAGGAGAAAUAGAAGUUGCCUCCAAAAGUAUUCUAAUGUAUGAUCACACGUAUGUUGUUCUUAAUGAAAAUCUUGGAUGUUAAUGUAAUAAAAGAUAUUUAUGUAAUAUUUUGUGCCUACGAAGUAGAACUCGGCAUUAAAAAAUUUAAAAUUUCUGUAUAA